AUGUGCAGAAAAAAAGUAUGUGAUAAAGAUGCUUCAACUCUUAAUGAUAAAUUGGAAAUUGAUAAAGAAAUACUUAAUGAUAAAGAAGAAAUUAAUAUUAAAAGAGUUAAAAGUAAAAGUUCAGAUGAUGAUGAUAAAAUUUUAUUAGAAUAUUUAAAAGUGAAAUAG